AUGUAUCGAAAUAUGAAUGGCGGUAUUUUGACGGACAAUCGUGAGGUGACUGAAAGGUGUAAGCAGCUCUCCGACGAACAUCUUGAUGGCACCCAGGCGGAGAGCUAUGGCGGGGGAGAAAGCAAUUUCGAUGGUGCGGCGAACGAGAAAGAGGUGCCAACCCCAGUGAUAAGCGAAGUUAAGGAGGCCAUCAGGCAGCUAAAGAACAAAAAAUCGGCUGGGAAACAUAGCAUCGGUUUGCUAACCCUGAUCCCAUCAGGAAUAUUUCUAGCCGUUGGUCUAUUCAACCCGGAGUUGCAUCAACAUUCGUGGACAUUUGAUCAUGAAGAAUACACGAUACUGCUUACGAUUCUCGUCUUUCAUCUGGGGGCUAUUGCGGGGGCAGCAAUCACUGCUUAUCUCUUAGCCACCUACUACAAGCAGCACAUUGCGCGUUUCUACUAUUACGCGUACAUUGGAGCUGGAGUCCUGCUGGCCGCUCGCUUCUUUGACCUGUGGUCAAUUUUUAUAGCACGAAUCCUUGGUGGCAUGGCGUUUGGUUCUGCUUACCUCAGCACCGUGAUUCACGCCGGUGAAAUCGCAUCCGACGAACUGCGAUCUACGAUCGUAGGCUUUGUCAAUGGUUCCUUAAUGGUUGGUUAUCUUUUACAUGCCACAAUCAACUCGCUGAUUCUGUAUGAUGACUCAAUGGAACCAACGCAGAUAUACGGCAUCAUAGCCAUCCUGGCUGCCGUGUCUAGUGGUGUUUGUGCGACGUUUCUAACCCGAGAGUCACCGCUAUUUUUGCUGAAUCGAGAAGGAGAAAUGGCAGCAGCGGACACCAUUGCAAAGCUACGUCAAGAACCGAUUGAUUCGCCGGUUGUUUUUGCUGAGCUUGUUGAAGCCAAAAUCGUGGUUUUGGACGACCCGGAGCAUCAUGCGUCUCUACAUAAGGAGGGAAAUCUACGACCGCUAAGUUUACUGAUAAUCUGUGCCAUCAUAAAAGCGUUAUCCUUCAAUCUCAUUAUUAACCUACUGCAGUUGUACGCCAUUGACGAAAUCAACGCUUGGUGGAACAUUCAGGAUUAUAACCUUGCACCGGUUUUAAUGAUUUUGAUUCGACUAGUGGUGGCAUUCGCCGGAAUUCAAACUGUGGAUCGACUGCCGAGAAAACUUCUCUUUACUGUGCCCAGUUUUGUGAGCGGAGUUCUCCUUCUGGUGGCCGGAAUAUUCUACCAAACCAACCGUAGCGAACUGUCGUCGGCAACGGUCGUUCCUCUGUUCCUGGUAUAUCAGCUGGUAUCGGCCAGCGGUUGUUCCUCCACUGGGGACGUCUACUGUUCGGAAGCCUUCCCACCGAAGAAGAAGGUACUAUCGGUAGCCUUGGUGCAAUCCGUCGAACAACUGGUACAUGUCGUCGUUUUAUCGAUCGCUUUUUCGCCAAAAUUCUCAAUAAAUGAACCCAUUUUUGGGAGUAUCCUUUUGGCGGCCGGUGUACCGAUCCUGGUGGGUAGUAUUGUGCUACAGGUGCUGCUACCGGAAACGAAGGAUGUUUCGCUGCGACAAGCGAGGGUCCUUUUCGAAAAGGGACGCUAG